AAAAUGUCUCCCACCCAAAUACACCAUCUCUCAUUCCACGACUGAAUCCUCACAACGACUCCUACCAAUAAAGCCUUCUUUAUGUUCCACAAAUCUAUUUUAUAUGAUAUUAUUGUUCUCUCUCUCUCUAAAUUAUACUCUCCCCCCAACCGCCCCCUCUGCAAUGCCCUCCACCAAGAAAAAGUUUCUUAGUAAAACAGUGCUCACAGCAGCAAAUUCAGGCUGCGGCUGUCGCAGGUCAAAACCUUCAGAUGUACAUGAGCCUAGUGCAGUGCCCAGAUCAGCCGUUUCUCAUCAGACGGAUCCUCCCACUUGUAUUUCUUCUUCAAGCACUCGUCACAAAAGCGGAGGCAAUGAAGAAAGCUGCACUUCCACUAUAACAACGUCCGUCUCUGAUGAAAACGAUCCAAAAGAUUCCAAAAUCAUCAACAGCAUUGCUGUGGUGAAGGAUUCUAAUGAUCCAUAUCAAGAUUUCAGGCAUUCCAUGUUGCAAAUGAUAUUUGAGAAAGAAAUCUACUCCAAAGAUGAUCUUCAGGAGCUUCUGAAUUGCUUCUUAGAGCUGAAUUCUCCUUACCACCAUGGCCUCAUCAUUCAAGCAUUCACUGAGAUCUGGAAUGAUGUCAUCUCCAAGAAGCUCAAUAAGUCGCAGAAUUAAGACACGUGACUCACAGCUGUGCAUGCACAAUCGCACGUGUGGUUUGUAUCCCAGUUAUUAACAAGUAGGAAACUUCCUGGGAGGUUGAUCGAGAAGCAAAGCAAAAGCAAUUGGUUGUGGCGGAUAAUAAUAUAGUAAUAUAUAAUAAUUAUUAUUUUUUUCCCUUUGAUAACAUAAUGGAUAGAGGCAACUCUUCUAAUUUUUUGUUUGUUUGUUUGUUUAUUUAUUAUAUGAGUUAAAUGGGAGUUGUUGGCUCCU